UACCAAUCGCGAUGAAGGAACUUUGACGCAAUUUGCAAAUGGCCGAGAAAAGGAUUGUGCUUCAGGGUGUAUGAAAUACUAAAUGGUGGAAAACUCCGUGAUAAAAACUUGUGAUUAAUCCCUAGUUCAGUGCAGUGUUGUCAGAAAGAUACAAAAUGUGCCAAAAGGAUAAGAUCCAGUCUUAAUGGUGGUUUAGGUAGCGCCCGAAAACCACUGGAGAAUCAAUCGAAGAGAUUUGCUGAUUGUGGGGUCGGUGCGGUGCAGAGUGCCUGCGUAGCAAGAGGCGCGCCGGAGCGGAGUAGCGGUAGUAGAAGGAUCUCAGCAGCACCAUGAACGAAUUGGACAGCCUGCGCCAGGAAGCGGAGACGCUCAAAAAUGCCAUCCGGGAUGCGCGCAAGGCGGCGUGCGACACGUCGCUCGCGCAGGCCACGGCCAACCUGGAGCCCAUCGGCCGCAUCCAGAUGCGCACGCGCCGCACGCUGCGCGGACACCUCGCCAAGAUCUACGCGAUGCACUGGGGCAGCGACUCCAGGAAUCUAGUCUCAGCUAGCCAGGACGGCAAGCUGAUAGUAUGGGACAGCCAUACAACCAACAAGGUGCACGCCAUCCCACUGCGGUCGUCCUGGGUGAUGACGUGCGCGUACGCGCCGUCCGGUUCCUACGUGGCGUGCGGCGGCCUCGACAACAUCUGCUCCAUCUAUAGUUUGAAGACUCGCGAGGGCAACGUGCGCGUGUCCCGCGAGCUGCCCGGACACUCGGGCUACUUGUCCUGCUGCCGGUUCCUCGACGACAACCAGAUCCUCACCAGCUCCGGGGACAUGACCUGUGCCCUAUGGGACAUCGAGACGGGCCAGCAGUGCGGCCAGUUCACCGGGCACACGGGCGACGUCAUGUCGCUGUCGCUCGCGCCCGACCAGCGCACUUUCGUCUCCGGCGCCUGCGACGCGUCCGCCAAGCUGUGGGACAUCCGCGACUGCCAGUGCAAGCAGACCUUCCCCGGACACGAGAGCGACAUCAACGCGGUCACGUUCUUCCCGUCCGGGUUCGCGUUCGCGACGGGGUCGGACGACGCCACGUGCCGCAUGUUCGACAUCCGCGCCGACCAGGAGCUGGCCAUGUACUCGCACGACAACAUCAUCUGCGGGAUCACGUCCGUCGCCUUCUCCAAGUCGGGCCGCCUGCUGCUGGCCGGCUACGACGACUUCAACUGCAACGUCUGGGACUCCAUGAAGUCCGAGCGCGCCGGAAUCUUGGCGGGCCACGACAACCGCGUGUCGUGCCUCGGCGUAACUGAAAACGGCAUGGCCGUGGCCACCGGCUCCUGGGACUCGUUCCUGCGCAUCUGGAACUAAGCGCCCCCCACCCCUACUAUACCACCUCCCCACCACCGCGUAUCACAUACAACACUAUCCCACCAUCGAAUUUAUCCUACUGCGACUGUUUAUAUCAAUUUUUUGAGGUUUUCGGGAGUCUCCGAAAAAGCGCUUUUAUGUUUAAUUGAUACUUCUUCGACAACAAUAAAUAGACAACUAGUACAAAAUUACUUUUUUAGGGUUCCAAAUCUCCAGAGAAAAAAAGGAACCCUUAUAUGAUCACUUCGUUGUAUGUAUGUCUGUCUGUCAGACCUGUCAAGGAAAUCAAAACCUAAAGAAGUAGUAACAAGGUCCCCUAGGCACCUUUUGGAUACGGAAUUCAGAAAACCCAUAUAUAACAAUUUUCUAUCAAAAACCUCAAUAAAUUGAUACAUACUGUACCCGACUUGCGCGUUUCGACAUUUAGAUGUUAGCCACGAGCAAAAUGGCCGACCAAUUCAAAAUGGCGGCCGCAUUUAUACGGUUUUUUUUUACAAUCGGACGCGCACGUCUUUUCCUUACAUAAAUAUGAUUGCGGUGCGUGAUUGUGUCGGUUCAAUGCUUUUGUCUAUGCAUUAUAAACUAUUUCUAGAAUCCUCCAAUCGCGAUUUUACUGGAAUGUGAACUUUAAGACGAACGAUGUAAAGUACGUAAUUGAAUGAACGCUCGAUUUGAACCAGUUUUGCAAUUUUGAACUUUGAAAGCCUGUUUUUGAAAUGUAUUUUCACGUGAACUAAUCAGAAGCCAUAGUGUGAACUUUUGAGUUAUAAAAACGUGACAAGGGAGUUACGUUCAUUUGACUUUGUAUGGAAAUGUCAAACCACGACGUUUGUCCGUCCAUACAUAUUGACAGAUUUACGUAAUACCAUGUUAUCAUCAUCAUCAUCAUUAUCAUCUUCAUCAUCACACACGCCACGGUCUCGGCCCCUCGCCAUCCAGCGUCCCUACGAAUCGUUUGAUGUCGUCUGCCCACUUAAUAGGGGGUCUGCCAUCGCUGCGUUUUCCGAUGCGAGGUCGCUAUUCUAGAACCUUGGGAUCCCAAAUGUCACGUUAGUUAACAUGAAAUGUAAGGCCCUGUAUCUACUUAUAUGGUGCGGCAUAGAAAUUUUUUCAGUGGACCAAUCAUAUUUGUAAUCAAAUUUUUUUAACGCCAUUUAUUAAGAAUCUGAUUGGUCUGCUAAACACAUCUCCACCCAUUUCCACUUUGGUGGAUACCGAGCCUUACACUAAGGCUUCUGAUUCAUCAACUGAAGAGUCGUAGAGUCUAUACUUUUACUACUAAAAAAACCUAGUUGCAUGGACUCUGUCCGGUUUCAAUAUUCAGUCUAUCUGUAAUCUGUAGAUAACUUGCUUAGCGACGUUAUUUAUCAAGAUAUAAUUUUUGACAAAUAACACCAUUUCUAAGGCUAUAGAGCGUACUUUGACUAUGCUCAGACUUUAGACACUGUUAAAACGAGACAGCGUUAUACCACGGGCAUAAAUCUGUCUCGUUUUAACUGAAACCAACUAACUAAGCCAAGUCCAAAGUGCGAUGUAUAGAUUUCGACCUAAGUUACUUAUCCACAGUUUAUAAUAUAUAAAUAUAUAUAUUAUAUGAAAUAAGAUUUUAGGCUAUAUAAAGUCGAGUUUUGAAAACAUGGCUUUCUUUGAUAAUUUAUUGUAUAGUUAACAUGUAUGGAAGCUUUUAAACUGCGGCCGAAGAGGCAUUGAUAUAGAAAAAACAAAGAUACACAGCUCCUUAGAAAAUUCACUAUCAAAACUUUUAUGUGUUGUACUGUGUGCGAUGCAAAGCAGUACAAGUUCCAUUUUCCUAUCAAAUUAUGAUAGACUUUAUCGAAAAGUUAUGAUUUUUUAAUGCAAUUUCUAUGGAUACCAUGUGGAUAUAUACAUGCCUCAGAAAAAUCAAAUGUUAGCACUUUUUGAAUGGACGUUUUCAAAUAUUAUUAACAAUCAUCACCAGCUGUGUUCUCUCAAAACUACAGUAUGGGGCUAUUCAAGGGGCAGAUAAAAAAAUUCUCAAAAGCUGUAAUCAAUUGACAUCAGGUGACCCGCCUGCUCAUUUGCUCGCUAUUUAUAUUAUAAAAAAAUGAUAAUUUUUUUCAUUUCAUUUAUUUGCAUACAUUGAGGAGUAAACAGAUGUUAUGCUUAUGGGUACAGUAACUACAAUAGCCAUGGAGUGGCAAGCAAAAUAGUUUCUCAUUUUAAUCUUUUAAAGUUGUAUAUCUAGGUUUUUAGUAUAUCAAUGCUCCGGCAUAUAGUUGUACGUGUGAGAGGUUAGUGUGUCUGUGUCGUCCGUUCACGGUAUAUCUCUUAUGUAUGUAUAUUGUAUAUGUAUAAUUGUAUAUGUAUAGCUUAGCCUUUCGGAGCCUGAAGGGAACGCUGUCUACUAUAUAAUGAUUCUUUUUAAUGAUAAUGAACGCACACCACACACGCACUA